GCCUCUCGCAUGCUUUCGCUAUACAACUCUCCCUUCGAUUCGACUGCGGUGAAACUUCUCAAGGAUCGCAAGGCCGUCCUGCAGACCCAUCAGAAUAUGGACGAAUUUGGCAUGGGUUCUCAUUCGCAGUACUCGCAUGAUGGAGCUGUGGAGAGCAUGUAUCGCAGAGGAGGCAUACCACUUUCGCCAGGCGGAAGUAGCGGAGGCAGUGCAGUUGCCGUGGCAGCAGGAGACUGUGUGGCAGCUCUGGGAACGGACACAGGUGGCUCUGUGAGAUUGCCAGCUGCUUAUACGGGAAUUCUUGGCUUCAAGCCCAGCUAUGGGCGGAUCUCGAGAUGGGGCGUGAUACAAUAUGCGAAUUCUCUGGACACGGUAGGCAUUCUGGGCAAAGAGGUGGACACGGUGAGGAGGGUAUUCGAGGUCCUGGACAAGUAUGAUGCGCAAGAUCCAACUUCGCUGUCAGAAUCGCUUCGACAGAGAAUCAGCUCCGGUGCAAUCAAGCGUGACACGGACAAGCUUCGAAUCGGCAUCCCGCUCGAGUACAACAUUGCCGGACUUUCUCCCAUCGUGCGCCAGGCUUGGUUGGCGGUGCUUUCUGUACUCGAGGAGCUGGGGCAUACUUUUCAUCCCAUCUCUCUGCCAUCAACCCGCUCAGCUCUCAGCGCAUACUACGUUCUAGCACCGGCUGAAGCAUCCUCGAACCUUGCCAAGUACGAUGGAAUACGGUACGGGCAUCGAACUACGAAUUCAGACGCGUCACCCAACGCUGAACCUCCGCUGCCGCUGUAUGCGGAGACUAGAAGAUCAGGGUUCGGGGAAGAGGUUAGACGUCGAAUUCUGCUCGGAGCGUACACUUUGAGUUCCGAGGCGAUGGACAACUACUUUAUUCAGGCGCAGAAGGUGCGAAGGAUAGUGCAGGACGAAUUCAAUGCUGUGUUCGCUUCUCCGAACCCACUUGUGGAUGCGAUUGGGACAGCAGGAGAAGUGGACAUCAUCCUCACGCCUACAGCUCCGACUCUACCGCCAACGAUCGAGGAUCUGAAGCUGCAGAGCGCGGUGGAUAGCUAUAUGAAUGAUGUGUUCACGGUGCCAGCCUCGCUUGCUGGUCUGCCGGCCAUGAGUGUUCCCACUCCAUUAUCGCCCGACCUUACGGAGAUGAUGGACGAAACCGAUGUCAAAAGUGUGGGAAUGCAGAUCGUUGGGCAGUUUGGUGACGAUCAGCUGGUGCUCGAUGCUGGUGAGAUGCUGCAG